UCCUGUGACAGUUACAUGUUGAGGGAGUGGUAGAAGAGUCAUUGUGGCAGUUCCUAUCUAUUCCACUUCAUUGAAAGCUAGUCCCACUUGAGCUUUCUUUCCACAAAUCUCUCUUUGCAUAUCUUCAAUGAAAACCUGAGUGUCACCAACUCCAUCUUUCAGUUUCAUCUUUCACACAAACACACUUAAAAAUCCACUUCUUCUUCUAGUGCUUCUAAUCCAAACCACCACCAUAAACAAAUUCAUAUUGAAACUGUGUACUGUUUGUUUGUUUUCUUGUUUGUUUGUUACUCUACCAAUCUUUAGAAGAAUUCAGCCUUUGAAUUUUGGUGUCCUUUUUUAUCAAUCAAGGCCAAACUCAAAAUCCCAACUUUUGUAAAUCAAGCAUAAUGGAAUCUGAAAAUGGAGUCGCUAUGGAGGACGAGAAACACGUCAUUGGGGAAACAACCAAGGAGAAUAUAAACAAAGAAGCUGAAAACAGUUGUAAUUCUGAAAUUCAGACCAAGAAUGAGGUAUCUGAAGCUGUUGUAAAAGUUGAAGGUCCCAAAUCUGCAGCAAGUAAAAUCUCAAAACUUGCCAAGGAACAUGGUGGCAAAGGUGGUGUUGCUUCAAAGAACAACAAAUCUGCCACCAAAGACAAACCCAAUUUGAAGUCUACAACUUCAUCUCAGACACACAGGCCAAACCUUUCCAAGAGCCUUUCUUUGCCAGCCAAAUCAGCUGGAGGAGAUGGCAUGAAGAAAAGCACUAAUGGAACUCUCGCGAAGCCAGAAACUAAGCAUGCUAAUGGGGCUAAAGCUGAGGCUUCCAUUCGCCGUUUAAGCAGGCUGACGAACUCUGAAGUUAACUCAAAAGAGGCAAAAACAAACACUGGAAAUUCUAACCAGAGGACUUCUUUGGCAUCCAUGAUUAGCCUUAAAACCUCUGAGUCUGGAAUAUCUACUCCAGUGAAUGCGGUUACCAAGAGCCUUACAUCUGAGGAAUCAUUACCUGUUGAUCAGAUUUCAAUUCCAGCAAAAACUGAAAAACCAAAUAAAGAGGAAGAUGAUGCUCAUUCUACAACUUCAAGUCAUACUCCUCGUAGGAGGAGCAGUGGUUCUGGAUUUUCCUUCAGAUUGGAAGAACGAGCAGAAAAGAGGAAGGAGUUCUUCUCAAAGUUAGAAGAGAAAAUUCAGGAAAAGGAGGCAGAGAAAACUAACCAGCAAGAGAAAUCAAAGGAAAACCAGGAGGCUGAGAUCAAGCAAUUGAGGAAGACCAUGACUUUCAAAGCCACUCCAAUGCCAAGUUUCUACAAGGAACCUCCUCCAAAAGUUGAAUUGAAGAAGAUACCAAUAACGCGCCCAAAAUCUCCAAAGCUUGGAAGGCACAAAGGAUCUGCUGUGAACAAAUCAGCAGACAAAUCUUGUUCUAGUCCACAUGGAAAGCAGCAACAGAAUGAUCCAACCAAGGCAAAGGCAAAGGGUAGUAAUAAAGAAGUGAUUUCAAAGAAACCAAUCAGAAAAAUUCAAGCCAAGGUGCAGUCUCAGGAAAGUGCAAUCAGAAAAACUGAAAAGGAUUCUGUGAAGCCCACUAAAGUCAACCAAGAUGCAAAAGCAGGCACAGGAAACAAUGAAGAAUGCCAUGAUCCAUCAGUUAACAAUUCUGAAUACCAAAAUGACAUGGAGCUAGAAUCCAAAAAUGAACUUGAUCAGAAUGUUGCACUGGUCUUGAACUCAUCCCCACCUGAGAUUGUAUCAUAUGAGGUUGCUGUUGGAGUGUAGAUUCAUAUAUAGCCGGAGAGUAUUUAUAUAAAAACAUAGGACUCCAUGUUACCAGUUAUUUCAUUAUUGUUGUGAAUAUAGAGGUUGCUUCAUUUUCAUUAUAAAUCUUGUAUUGCAUUUAAAGAUAGGUUGCUUGUUGUUAUAUUGAAUUGUUGCUGUUUGUAACGAAUAUUUUGUUAAUUCAUCAUUUACCAAACAGUUCAUGUGUU